AUGAAAUGCAACACGUUCGCAUGGAAGGAGGAAAUAGGGAAUAUUUCCACAGGGAUAACACUCAAAGACAGGAACAUUGAUAUUAAAGACCUCUCGUGUCCUCUUUGCGGGUCAAGUGAUGAGACUUCUAACCAUCUUUUCACGACUUUUAUGGUGGCGAGUAUUAUUUGGCAAAGAAUAUCGGCUUCGAGCAGGGUGGCGCUCAUAGUCGUGUCGAUUGUUAGGGACCUCUUAGAGAUUUGUAAUCAUGUCGGGUUGAAAGGGACAACUGUUAACGGGAUUUUCCAUGGGUUUCACGCAUCCGAAUCCUCAAAUGUCAAAUAUGAGGAGGAAUUUAUUACAAAUUCAAAGGGAAAAAAGCUUUUUACAUGUCGUUGGAUUCCGACGAAUUUUGAACCAAAAGCUUUAGUAUUUCUUAACCAUGGAUAUGCUAUGGAGUGUAGUGUCUCCAUGAAAGGAGCUGCGAUGAGGCUUGUAAAGGCGGGAUUCGGAGUUUAUGGAAUAGAUAAUCAAGGCCAUGGGAAAUCUGAUGGAAUUAAGGGUUUCAUCUCUCAUUUUAAUGAUCUUGUUGAAGACUGUUCUCAAUUUUUCACAAGCAUUUGUGAAAGGAAUGAGAACAAAAAUAAAUUGAGAAUAUUGCUUGGAGAAUCCAUGGGAGGAGCAAUGGUGCUUCGGUUACAUUUGAAGAAACCAGACUUUUGGGAUGGUGGAGUAUUGGUUGCACCCAUGUGUAAGAUUGCAGACAAUAUGAGACCAUCACCAAUUAUGUUUAAUGUUCUAACACAACUUAGAAAAUUUAUACCCACUUGGAAAAUUGUCCCGGGUGAUGAUAUUGUUGAGCUUGCCUUCAGAGAUCCUAAAAUUAGACAGGAAAUUCGUGAUAAUCCGUUAUGCUACAAAGGUCGUGUGCGCCUACAAACUGCUAUGGAGUUGUAUACUGUGACUGUAGACCUUGAGAAAAAGUUAAAAGACGUGACAAUGACAUUCUUGAUUGUGCAUGGAGAAGAUGAUGAUGUGACCGAUCCUUUGACGAGUAAACUGUUAUACGAUUCUGCUUCUAGCACCGACAAGACCUUUAAGUUGUACCCGGGAAUGUGGCAUGCCCUCACGUAUGGGGAGUUUACUGAAAACACUGAUAUUGUUUUUGCUGAUGCUAUUAGUUGGAUCAAUGAGAGAAUUGCCCGAGGAAACUCAAGAUCGGAGAGGGAGCUAAAGUCGAAAAAUGAUAAGCCUCCUGACACCGAUAAAAAGAAAGAUCAUAACUAG